AUGGAUACGCAUCACCCUGGACACAUCGAUGAUUCGGUAAAUAAACCCUUGACUCCACUGAACCAACAAGUUAUCCCCGGAUACCGCUAUCCCUUUUCUCUCCUCUCAGAACAAUUCCCAGAGAUAUUUUACAGACUUCACCGCACAGAAAACUGGAUCGACAUCCACUCCCCCUACCCCACCACCCCCUACAACCCCCCCGAACACGGCUGGUCCGCAAAAGACACCCUCUCUCCACUUCCCUCCUCCCCCAAAGAAAUCCUCUCGCUAGUACGAAACCAUUUUUCCGAAAAAAGCUCCUACGCAUCUACACCCUCGAAUUCCAUUUUCGUCCCCGGAGUAUGGAGAGCGGGGAAGUGUUCGAAAGUUAGUUUGUGGGAUAAUAGAGAGGAUGCGUGGGAGGAGGGGAGGAGGGUUGGAGGAGUCGAAAUUUUUGAGGUGGAGCGGGAGGUCUUGAGGGAAGGGGGAAGUGUGGUGUUUUGUUUGGAGGAGUUGUUGGGGAGGAGUAGUGCGCUUUGUUGGGUUACGAGGGGGAGGUAUGGGAGGGUGGGGUCGGGGAAGGGGAGGAAAAGGGGAAGGGGGUGGAAAUGGGGAUGGGGAUGGGGAUGGGAGAAGGGGGGAAGGAGAGAGGGAGAGGGGCUGAGAGGGAAGGCGUAUUUGGUUGUGGGGGUUAUUCCUGGUACACGUAAUCUUCCGCAACCAACUCCCAUUAUUCCCACACCAAAUACAACAAACACAAACCACGCAUUUCACAUGCAGAACGAGACGGAAGAUAUCAUCAAAGAAGAUAUAUCCAGAACUUCCUCGGCGUUUAUCUCUACUUUGCAUGGUCGAGAAAGCUCUGCUACUUUCGGGGAAUUUGAAUUUUAUUUCGGACUGGAACAGUUGCGAGAACAAAUUCAAGAGACACCCCUUUCCCAUACACCAAAUCCUCCUCCUCGUACAAAAAAAACAAAACCCCACGAAAGGAAAAAUAAUCCAGGGGUCUUUAAUUGGACUCUUCAAAAUCCAGACGUAAAUAGUAUACAAGAAUAUGAGAUAGAGAGGGAUAUUCGUAGACAGGCGCAGGGAAGGAAACGUGAUAGCGUGCUCAGGAGAAUGGAGAAGAUUUUAGAGGAUGGAGGGGAUAGGGGAGUUGUGUAUAGGGGUGUGAGUAGGGAUGAGGAUGGGGAAGAGGAGGAGGAGCUAUGGGAUAUGGAUGGGGGGGAUUCGAGGGAAUGGAGUUGGGGGGAAGACGCGAGGGAGAAAUGUUCAAAUCCAAAGAGGAGAAUUAAAUCAUCAGCGAGAAUUACUCGGAAAGGCACUUUUGGUGAGGGAUUUAGAGAAAAAUCGGCAGUUCUUCAAGAUGAGGAGAGGACUUCUUUGCGGGGACAUUCAUUCUCAUCGCGCGAUUUUGAUAGGAGUGAUAGGGAUGGUGAUGGGAGAGGGAGAGUGGAGAGGAGCCGGUGUGUGGAUAUGGGAACAUCGACUUGUGGUCUUACUUCUGGGGAAGAGUGUGGCGCGGAGGAGGGUGAUACUGCGGCUGGGGGUGUGGGUACAAGUGUGAGAGUACGUGGAAAACACUUAAGGAAGGAAGAGAAUGAUUUCGAGUAUGAGAAUUGCAAGGAAAGAGAGAGAGAACAAGUAUGUUCUGGUUCGCGCAUGUCUUCUUUCAUCAGCACGGUAAUUGAUGAGGAGGAUAUAGAGGAGGAAGAGGAUUUGCAGGAUAAGGAUGAAGAUAUAGAUUUCGAUAUUGGCCCUCCCAAGCGAGAGAGACUUCCCGAUCCUCGAACCGAUACAAGAUCAGCCACAAACUCAAGAAUCCCGAUAGAGUAUCUGAAGUCUAGAAGACCUGUUUCUAGAAAGAUGACAGCAAGGAAUGCUACUAGCGACUAUUUUGAGAUCGAUGAGGACACAAGGCGAAGGAAAAAUUAG